UUCCAACAUUCAAUCUAUUGCCGCGAUUUUCGAGGCUUUUUGUCGCGAUUUUGAAAACAGUUUAUAAAUUCAAUGGAUUACUUUUCCAUCACUUGUUCACGGAUGAAUGGCAAUAAUAUAUGAUGACUGUGCAACGUGACCCUACUGUGAGCAGCAAAGGCUUCAGUUCCAAAGCUCGCACAAUAACCAUCUGGUGAACUGUUAAAGAUGAACAAAUUGGCUUUUUAGUCAAUAUUUUCCUUUACCUAUAACAAGGUUAUCUAUUUUGUAUUUAAUUUGUAAGAUGAGGUCGUUAAUUGGCCAACUAAACACACUUAGAAAUAGAGUGAUGACUGAUGGUGGUCUCAGUUUUCACGACAACCUCCUUAAGUUUAAGAAUAAUUUUUCAAAACCCCAUUAAUUUUAAGAACAAUUUUUCAAAACACCAUUUAUCACAGCUCGGGGAAAAUUAUGAGAUUAGGAUUUCUGCUCGUCAGCCUUGCUAUAAUAACUCUGGAUGUGUACUCUGCUCAAACAAUAAAGGCUGGAUGCACAAUGAAAAAGCAUGGUAGUGGGGAAGAAAUAGGAAGGGUGUUAUUCAUGAAGGAAGGCACAAACAAGUAUACCGUGGUAGCAAGGCUCAGGUCUGACGAGGAAACCGUGAAAACUGGAGAGCAUGGAUUUCAUGUCCACACUAACGGUGUGGACGAGACAAUGGACAGCUGGGAUUGUGGUACAACAGGAGGACACUUCAACCCAGAAGUUGUCAACCAUGGCUGUGCAGACUGCGAUGUGAGACAUGUGGGAGACUUUGCUAACAUUAAAUCAGGAGAGGAUAAUCAAGUGAAGUUCAAGGCUAUAUUCACUGUUGAGUCCGGAGAUGUGUUGGAAAAGAGGAGACCAGAAGGGAGACAGUGGUACAGCCAAAGCAACGGGGCAAAAAUUGUGAGGUAUACUGUGAAAGAGGCCCCCUUUGAGAUGACUGGACUUCAUGGUAUAAUUGGGAAAGGAGUUGUUCUGCAUGAUAACCCAGACGACCUUGGUUUAUCAGAAAACAAUGGGGCCAGCUACAGUGGAAAUGCUGGCAGCAGGAAGGCGUGCUGUACUUUGGAAAACCUAGAAUUAGGUGAAUAAAACAGUUUUCUGACAGUUGCUGACAAUUAUUAUCCAAUUUUAGACCGGGUUUAUAGUAUGCGAUAUCAAAUAUUGUAAUAUUUAGCUGAGAUUUAUUUGUCCACGUCAUAAAGACUUUUUAGUACAUCAAAGAGUUUUAUGGUCAAAGAGUCUUUUGCUGACAGCAAAUUGUUCGCAAGUGCCGACUCGUGCACAUUAUCUUCUCAAAAACGCUCAGUUUAGGAGUUAUUAGUUGAUAACGUCUGCAUGAUAUGUAAAAACACCAAUAAGCAUUCUAAGUUAUAUAUACAUAAUAAAAACAAAAGUUAAUAAAACGAAAGUUAACUUUAUUACCAAUUGUUCAAUCAAUACAUAUCAUAAAUUCUAAUAUUGGAACCACUGCGCAGAAUGGAUGUCUUAAACUAUAAUUUUGUUGUCACUAAUAUAAUAAUAUAAUAAUCCAU